GAUUUGCUGCUAAUUGUGCUUUAGGCUAAACCUCACCUCAGCAGAUCACUUGAACAGUUGACAGAUCUACAUAUACAUAUAAAUUCUACAGUUGUGGCUGACCUGCACUCUGAUGUGACUGCUCUCAUUUUGAGUAAAGCAGGUUCUUGAUAGUUAUACCAACAAGUCCACCGGAUGCUUAAUAUCCAGUUUUUGCUAAAGUGUAUAUGGACUGAACAAGGCAGAUAUGGCAGAAAGCUUCCUUGUCCAGAAAGACAGAUAUAAUGGCAUUACCAUAGAGACUGACAAACAGAAAAUAGAUGAUGAAGAGUUUCACCAAAACCUUCAAGUGGCAAUUCCAAAAUGGCGUGAAAUGGGAGUUCGAGGAUUGUGGAUAAAGGUUAGCAUCCAUCAGUCGACUCUGAUUCCAAAGUUGGUCGAGCUGGGAUUUGACUUCCAUCAUGCACAGCCGGGCUAUGUGAUGCUGAGUCAGUGGCUUGCACUGAAGGAGCCGAGUGGGAUCCCGGAAUACGCCAAUCAGUACAUAGGUGUUGCUGGGUUUGUGGUGAACAGUAGAAACCAGAUCCUUGCCAUCCAGGAAAAGUUUGCAUCAAAACCCAACUGGAAACUGCCAGGAGGACACGCUGAUAAAGGUGAAGAUUUGGCUGACACGGCUAAGAGGGAAGUACUGGAAGAAACGGGAAUCGAGUGUGAAUUCGAGGCACUUCUGUGUUUCCGCCACCAGCACAACUACCGAUACGGGUGUUCGGACAUCUACUUCAUCUGCGUGAUGAAACCGCUCUCUGAGACCAUUAACCACUGUGAGCAGGAAAUCGCAAAGUGUUGCUGGAUGGAUCUUGAUGAAUACAUCAACAAUGCACACAUAACAGAAGCGAAUGUUCACAUUGCCAAGUGUUACAAGGAGAUGAUGUCUGCAGGUGGACUAGCAAUACGACCAAAUCGAAUCAUUUCAUUUGAUGGGAAAGUCUAUAAUAAUGUCUACAGUGUUGGAUAAUGUCGGCUAUAUUCUAGGAAUUGUGCGUAAAAGUCAAUUAUAAUGUGUACAGUAUUGGGUGAUAUCUGCUAUAUUUUAGGGUUUAUCUGCUAUAUUUUAGGGUUUGUGCGUAAAAGUCUAUAAUAAUAUGUAGUGUUGGGUGAUGUAUGAUAUAUUCUUUGAAUAUUGUGUGUAAGUCUGUAAUAAUGUGUACUGUGUUGGGUGAUGUUUUUUAUAUUUUAGGAAUAUUAUGUGUAAGUGACGUCUACUGUAUUCAAGAAAUUGUAUGUACAGGUCUAUAACAAUAUAAACAAUGCUGGAAGAUGUCUGCUACAUUCUUGGAAUUGCCUAUACACAAAGAAAAUGUUGCGUAUCCAAUAAUGUAAUAUGCAAAAAAUAUUGUAUACAAAUGAAUAUGGAUGAUAUUGUAUCCUGAUCUGUGCCUUUUAACACAUCGACCAAAUAAAAAAAACUGACAUUGAGCUUGGAAAAUCAUAAACUACAUGACAUUGUGUGUAUUUAUUGAACUCGCUAUCAUUGUUAUUAAAAAAUACAUUUCACCCACCUGAUAAGAAGUCCAUUAACAAAUACCUGGACAUGGAUACACUGUAAGUUGUAAAUGUUUCCACGACUAACAAUAACAUACCACAAUAUUCUCAGGGUUUUUUUUAGCAGUUGUUAAAAACACUGUUUUAAAAAGACUUCACUGUGCUCAGAUCUGACGAAAAACCUGUUGUGCUCGAAUUGGUAAGAUCUAAAAGUCCUGGCACUCCCAAGCAUGUAAACAGCAUUAUGUGGACACUAUGGUCAAAUGGACUAGGUGUCGUACACUCUCAGCUCAUCUAUUUGCCGGGGACACAUCUAGUACUGGUUUCACAAGUCUUCAGGCAGCAGUUACCAUGGCUACGCUGUUAAGUACUAAUUAUGUGUGACAAAUAUUGCAGUCAUUCACUCUGAGAUUGUGAAGUCUGUUGACAGUGGAGUUAACUGAAAUAAAAAGAAAUUCUUUUUUGAAAUGGCA